CCACCCUUCGACACAAACCAGUCGCUCCACAGCAAUCCACACACUGCCUGCAGAGCUCCUGCCUCGCCUCCAAGCCAUGUCUCUCAACGAGGCGUCAGGCAACACCAUCACCGAAAACCCAGCCGGCCAGGUACCAAACGAUGGAACGGGCAUCGUCCAGCUCGAUCCUUGGCUCGAGCCCUUCAAAGACGGCCUCCGCAGCCGCUACGCGAAAGCACAACAAUGGCUGAAGACCAUCGACGAUACUGAGGGCGGACUGGAGAAGUUCACAAGAGGCUACGAGAAGCUCGGCUUCCAUGUCCUGGACAAUGGCGAUGUCGUAUACCGCGAAUGGGCUCCCAAUGCCCUGCGGGCCUACCUUAUCGGGGACUUCAAUAACUGGGACCGAGAUGCAAACCCCAUGACGAAGAACCAGUACGGCGUUUUCGAAGUGACGGUGCCGAACAAGGACGGCAAGCCAGCCAUACCCCAUGAUUCGAAGAUCAAGAUUUCCCUCGUCGUGCCCAACGAUCACGCUCGGCAGGAGCGCAUUCCUGCGUGGAUCACCCGGGUAACCCAAGACCUAAGCGUCUCCCCCGUGUACGAUGCGCGCUUCUGGAACCCACCCAAAGAGGAGAAAUACGUCUUCAAGAACAAGCGGCCCCCCAAGCCUGCGAGCGCUCGAAUCUAUGAAGCACAUGUCGGCAUCUCCUCGCCAGAACCGAAAGUCGCGACGUACAAGGAGUUCACUCGCAACAUCCUCCCGCGGAUUAAGAAUCUGGGAUAUAACGUGAUUCAGCUGAUGGCAAUCAUGGAGCAUGCGUACUAUGCCAGCUUCGGCUACCAGAUCAACAGCUUCUUCGCUGCCAGCAGCCGCUAUGGGUUUCCGGACGAUUUGAAGGAGCUCAUUGAUACUGCUCAUGGCAUGGGUAUCACCAUCCUAUUAGACGUCGUGCAUAGCCAUGCCUCUAAGAACGUCUUGGAUGGGUUGAACAUGUUCGAUGGGAGCGAUCACCAGUACUUCCACGAGGGUGCAAAGGGUCGCCAUGAACUAUGGGACAGCCGUCUCUUCAACUAUGGUCACCAUGAGGUGCUCCGCUUCCUCCUCAGCAACCUCCGCUUUUGGAUGGAAGAGUACCAGUUUGAUGGUUUCCGUUUCGAUGGAGUGACCAGCAUGCUCUACACGCACCAUGGUAUCGGGACGGGCUUCUCUGGCGGCUAUCAUGAGUACUUCGGCCCCGGUGUCGAUGAGGAGGGUGUGGUAUAUCUUAUGCUGGCCAAUGAGAUGCUGCACAAACUCUAUCCCGAUAUUAUCACCAUCGCAGAGGACGUAUCGGGAAUGCCCGGUCUCUGUGUUGCUCUUUCGCUGGGUGGUGUAGGUUUCGACUACAGGCUUGCGAUGGCCGUCCCAGAUCUUUACAUCAAAUGGUUGAAGGAGAAGGAGGACAUUGACUGGGACAUGGGAGGUCUGGUUUUUACCUUGACAAACCGUCGCCACGGAGAGAAGACUAUUGCGUACGCGGAGAGUCACGAUCAAGCUCUUGUCGGAGACAAAACCCUGCUGUUCUGGCUAUGCGAUGCGCAAAUGUACACGAACAUGUCGGUCAUGAGCGAAGAGACUCCCGUCAUCUCUCGAGGCAUUGCUCUCCACAAGAUGAUCCGCCUCAUCACGCACGGUCUGGGAGGGGAGGGCUAUCUGAACUUCGAGGGUAAUGAGUUUGGCCAUCCUGAGUGGCUGGACUUCCCGCGCGAAGGCAACAACAAUAGCUACCACUAUGCUCGGAGGCAGUUCAACCUGGUCGAUGAUCAUCUGCUUCGGUACCGCUUCCUCAACAACUUCGACAGCAAGAUGCAGUGGACAGAGGAAAAGUAUGGUUGGCUUCAUUCCCCUCAGGCCUACGUGAGUCUGAAGCACGAAGGGGACAAGGUAAUUGUGUUCGAGCGAGCAGGUCUGCUGUGGAUCUUCAACUUCCACCCUCAGACUAGCUUUACGGACUAUCGCGUCGGUGUCGAGCAGGAGGGCACAUACCGGAUCGUUCUCAGCACCGAUAGCAAGGACUUUGGUGGCCAUGGGCAUGUCGAUGAGAGCACGAGGUUCUUCACAACUCCGUUUGCGUGGAAUAACAGGAAGAAUUUCCUACAGGUCUACAUUCCGGCGCGGAGUGCAAUCGUGCUAGCUUUGGAACAUACUUUGUAGCGUUCGGAUCUUGGGAACGAGACGUGGUAUUAGCUCGCUGCAAUGUAUUCAUGACAUCUGCGGUGUUAAGUUUGUAAUGAUCUUCACUGAAGGUUAUCCGCCUUCACUUAGUUCGAGAUAGAAUAGGAAACCUCCCGGGAUUCUUCAUACGACAUGAAACCCAAGUGUCACUGCAUGCCUCUGGG